AGAUGGUUAUAAACCCGGUUACCGAGAGCUCAGUGAUGCGCGCGGAUGCUUGAAGUAGUGGUUAGUGUUUACCCGGAAGUUAUUUAUUGACACACACUGCUUUUCUUCAAUGUGUGUCUGUAUAAUGGAAUUCCGUGCGGCGCGUGCUGGCGUUUCAUCUGAGCACUUCCGGAGAGAAACAUGACAUCACUCUGACAUCACGCUGAUGUCAUGAUGAGCUCAUACACACGCGGUGCCCCCACAGUGUUCUUCAUAAGUGCUGUGUGUGUGUUGGCACGGAGCGACUGGGAGCCAAGCGGUGGUGAAGUGCCCUUUAUCGGCGGACGCUACUUUGGGCACCCAAUGCUGUAUUUUGGGCGGGAGGCGGUGCCUGAGCUGCGAGGGGCGGCACUGAGCACUCACGCUGAACUGGCUCAGCAGAUAUGGCGUGCUGGUGAGGACAUGCUUGCAAACCCCGCCCAGUUCCUCCCACCACGAGACCCUGACGAAUUCUCCGCCCGCUGGAACGAAAUCUACGGGAACAACCUGAGUGUGUUAGCACUGUUCUGUCUGCUUUACCCACAGCGCACUGGGGCGCUCAGUCUGGCUCGCGAGUACAUGGACCGGAUGGCUGCACAGCCCAGCUGGCUGGUGAAGGAUGCUCCAUGGGACGAGGUUCCGAUGGCUCACUCUCUGGUGGGUUUUGCAACGGCAUAUGACUUCCUGUUUGAGUUCCUGAGUGAGGUGGAGCAGGAACGUUACCUGCAAGUGCUGGGAAACACCUCCCUCUACAUGUAUGACAAAUCACUGCAGAGGGGGUGGAGCUUCCAGUUCCUCCACAACCACCAACCAACCAACUGCGUCGCCCUGCUGACCGCCUCCCUCAUUCUGCUCAACCAGGGCUGUCUACAGGAGGCCUAUGUGUUUGUUCAGCAGGUGAUGGCGAUUAUGGAGAAGGCGCUGGUCAUGCUGCGUUCCGUGGUGGACGGUUCUCUGUAUGAAGGUGUUGCGUAUGGAACCUACAGCACGCGUUCUCUGUUCCAGUACAUCUUCCUGCUGCAGAGACACUUCAACAUCUCACACUUCACACACCCCUGGCUCCUCAAACAUUUCGACUUCCUCUACAGGACACUGCUGCCAGGUUUCCGGAGGAAUGUUGCCAUCGGUGACUCAAACUACAACUGGUUUUACGGCCCAGAGAGUCAGCUGGGGUUCCUUGAUCGCUACAUCCUGAGGAAUGGCCACGCUAACUUCCUGGCUGAACAGAUACGACACCACCGCGUGCAGGACGGACCGGGACAGCCAUCACGGGGACAGAAGUGGUGUACAUUACACACCGAGUUCAUCUGGUAUGAUCCUGGUGUCAAAGCCACGCCCCCUCCAGAUUUUGGAAUGCCGCGUCUGCACUAUUUUGAGGACUGGGGCGUGGUGACGUAUGGAGGCGGUCUGCCUGCAGGGACGAAUCAUUCUUUCCUGUCAUUUAAGUCAGGGAAACUGGGUGGCCGCGCCAUCUUCGACAUCGUGCACCAGCGGCGCUACAGCCAGUGGAUCCGCGGCUGGAAGAAUUUCAAUGCCGGACAUGAGCAUCCUGACCAGAACUCGUUCACCUUCGCACCCAGAGGUUUCCCCUUCAUCACUGAGGCGUUAUAUGGCCCCAAGUACACACUCCUCAACAACGCCGUUCUGUUCGCCUCCUCCAACGACCGUGCCUGCUUCUCACCCUGGGAAGGUCAGGUGACUGAGACGUGUGACUCCAAGUGGUCAAAGUAUAAGUACGGUGCUGCAGCAGACUGCGAGGGUCGUGUGGAGGCGGCGCUAGAGCGUCACGGUAUUGUGUUUAUCCGUGGUGAGGGACGGGCAGCAUACAGCCCAGCACUCAAGAUCAAGAACUUGCAGAGAAACCUUGUCCUUCUCCAACCUGACCUUCUGCUGCUCCUGGACCACGUGCACCUGGACGCCGAAAGCCCUGCCCACAGCAUCAGUGCCUUCUUCCACAACACAGACUUCCCCUUCCAGCACACCAUGGCGAGAGAUGGCGUCCACGGUGCCUUUGUCCAGCACGGACAGGACAAGUACACCAUGAUGUGGAGGGACGACACGGGCUACAGCGGGGAAGCUGAUACAGCAUACUGGACAUACCCAAACGGCUACCCUUACAACGGCUCUCACUAUGUUAACGUGACUAUGUCGCUCCGCUUCCCGCACACCCGCAUUGCCUAUGUGUUCUUUGGCCCGGAUAUCGAUGUUCUCAGCUUCAGCCUGCGUGGAGACUCGGAGAGGAUCGAUGUCCACCUGACCACACGAGACCAUACCUUCACCAUCCACGUCCUGACAUCAGAGAACCCCAGCAAACCCCUGUUUGCCAUGGUGCUGAAGGACAAAUUGGAGAAGAUAGUGUUUGAGCGGGUGGCGGCGGUGCAGGAGCGCCCCCUGGAAGAGGUGCAGGACUACGUUAACCUGGUGGAGCAAAACCUCCGGCGCAUCAAACCCAUCUUCCAGCAGCUAGAGCCCCGUGUAAAGACGCGCAUCCUCAAUGCUGAGGGAUUCCACAAAAUCAGAGAACGACUUAAGAAGACCUCGGAAAAGAGGAGGAAGAUGAAGAAGAAGGUGGCAGCAGCUGUGGAGAAGAUGUUCUCAGUUACUAAGAAGCCGGGAAAAGUGAAGGGAUCAAAGAAAGCGACUGGAAAUCGCUUGAAUGAAGCCGGAGAGAAGCAGCAGGGAGCGCAGAGGCGAGAGAGAAACAGUGAUGAUGGAGAUGCACACAGGGGCAAGAAGGCCAGGGUCAUAAAAGGACCCGUGUUUAAAGAAGUCUACACUGCAGCGGCCGAGGGCGGGACCAAAGCAUCCAUCUCUGUCUCCUACAUACGUUUGUUCCUGGUUCUGAACAUCGGAGCCUUCUUCCUGCUGCUGGCGGUUCUGCUCACACAACUGCAGCGAGCGCCGAGUCUCCACACACAGCGCUGUAUCUACUGCGUCCUGCUGCUCGACAGCUUCAUCCUGCUUGGCCUCUACUCAUCCUGCUCACAUGGACACUGCUGACAUCGCCACUAGGAGACGUUUCUCCAGAUAGUGAUGACAUCAUCAGUGUGGGACAGAGAGAAGGCAGUAGUACGGUGUGGGGCAGUAGUACAGUGCAUCCAGAAAGUAUUCACAGCGCGUCACCUUUUCCACAUUUUGUUAUGUUACAGCCUUAUUCCAAAAUGGAUUCAAUUCAUUAUUUUCCUCAAAAUUCUAAAAACAAUGCCCCAUAAUGACAACGUGAAAGAAGUUUGUUUGAAAUAUUUGCAAAUUUAUUAAAAAUAAAAAACAAAAAAGCACAUGUACAUAAGUAUUCACAGCCUUUGCUCAAUACUUUGUUGACGCACCUUUGGCACCGAUUACAGCCUCAAGUCUUUUUGAGAAUGAUGCUACAAGCUUGGCACACCUAUUUCUGGGCAGUUUCUCCCAUUCUUCUUUGCAGGACCUCUCAAGCUCCAUCAGAUUGGAUGUGGAGCGUCGGUGCACAGCCAAUUUCAGAUCUCUACAGAGAUCGCCAGCUCUAGGAAGAGUCCUGCUGGUUCCAGACUUCUUCCAUUUACGGAUGAUGGAGGCCACUGUGCUCAUUGGGACCUUCAGUGCUGCAGAAAUGUUUCUGUACCCUUCCCCAGAUCUGUGCCUCGAUACAAUCCUAUCUCGGCGGUCUCCAGACAGUUUCUUGGACUUCAUGGCUUGGUUUGUGUUCUGACGUGCAGUGUUAACUGUGGGACCUUAUAUAGACAGGUGUGUGCCUUUCCAAAUCAUGCCCAAUCAACUGAAUUUACCACAGGUGGACUCCAAUCACGUUGUAGAAACAUCUGAAGGAUGAUCAGUGGAAACAGGAUGCACCUGAGCUCAAUUUUGAGUGUCAUGGCAAAGGGUGUGAAUACUUCUGUACAUGUGCUUUUUUUGUUUUUUAUUUUUAAUAAAUUUGCAAAUAUUUCAAACAAACUUCUUUCACGUUGUCAUUAUGGGGUAUUGUUUGUAGAAUUUUGAGGAAAAUAAUGAAUUGAAUCCAUUUUGGAAUAAGACUGUAACAUAACACAAUGUGGAAAAGGUGACGCGCUGUGAAUACUUUCCGGAUGCACUGUAAGUGAUGAACAGUGUCUGAAUGUACAUUAUAAAUAUAAAUUUAUACAUGUGUGUAUAUUUUUGGUUAUUUUGUAAUCUUUGCAAUUAAAAAGCAGAUGCAGAAA